CCGCGCCGCACGGGAUAGGGCUGCUCCGACUCGCUGUUGCCUUCUGUCCCCGCCGCCCGUUCGAUUUCUCCUGCCCUCGCCUCGUAGCCCCCCGAGUCACCAGCCUCUCGCCGUAUCGCGGCGGCGGGUUCCGCGCCGAGUUAGGGUUAGGGUUUGCGCGGUAGCGGAGAAGGGGGUUAGUAGUAGGAGGAGAGGAGCCGGAGAUGGAGGAGGUGACGGAGGGAGUGAACAACCUGGCGAUUACGGAGCCGCACAAGAAGAACCGGAUCCAGGUCUCCAACACCAAGAAGCCGCUAUUCUUCUACGUCAACCUCGCCAAGAGGUACAUGCAGCAGCAUGAGGAGGUGGAGCUCUCGGCCCUUGGCAUGGCCAUUGCCACAGUGGUGACUGUUGCUGAAAUUCUGAAAAAUAAUGGGCUUGCUGUUGAAAAGAAGAUCAUGACGUCCACAGUUGAUGUCAAGGAUGAUUCAAGGAGUCGCCCUAUUCAGAAGGCCAAGAUUGAAAUAGUGCUGGGCAAGACAGAAAAAUUCGAUGAGCUGAUGGCAGCAGCUGAGGAGGAGAGGGAAGCUGCCAAGGCUGAGGAGCAGAGCUAAACAUCUAUUUUAAAUUUUGCUGUUGUAGUUUAAUUAGUAUCAUGCAGUUGCGUUGGUAUCUCUUGGCUAACAAGAGAUAUCCUUUGUUAUCAAUCAAGAGCUCUGCUCAUCGAUUAGUUGGAAUGGUAACUUGGUUAAUCUAUUGGCUGUUUCGUUUUGAAUGGCAACUUGUUUGCUUAGCACACUUAUUGCUGUAUGCUUAAUAGCUAUGGUGAUGAUAUUUGCGUU